AUGAAGAGACAAUCUCUGAUUACCUCAGAUUAGAACUAAUAAUAGAGAAGAAUAUUGAUCUAAAUUUCCAUAAUGGAUAGCCAAGUCAAUACUAUACAAAGCCUUACCUUGCUGUUUGUAGAGAAAAUAAGAAUAAAGUCAAAAGUAGAGAUUCUAAGCUAUUUGGAUGAGAUUACAGCAAAUAGAUUUUUAGUAGAAUAAGUUUGGAAUCAAUUAUCUGACGAAGAGAGAUUAGUUUAUAAAAGACCCCUACCAGGUCUUGAUAAAUAAGAAAUAAAAGAUGAGCUUUAGCAUUAUGAGCCACAGAUUGAAGACUUGAUACCAAGAAACUUCAAGGUAGUGAAGUUGAUAUGCCAUGAUUUUGAUCACUUCAUGAUGGCUCCACCACCUGUAAUAGCUGAUUAAAGAAGAAAGCCAUAGCAAUAUGAAUCAUUGGCUCAACCUUUUAAGAAAGAUCGCAGAUUCAGACAUCAAUUUGAUGAGUAAACUAAAGAAUGGUUCACUAAGGAAUUAGUAUUGCCAAUAGAUCCUAAUCUAAAGAUAUAUGUAAAUCAUUUGUCUGGUAAGAGAUAGAGCGUAAGUGGAUACUGGGCUUCUAGCAAUGUAGAUGAGGAGGAAAAAUAACCCGGUUUAAGAGAUAAAAAAUAUGAGGGCUACUCAAAUUUGAAAGGUAGUCACGAGUAGCUACAAAAGAAAAGCAUGAGAAAAUAGGAGAAUUAACUAGCCAAAAAUCUUGAAGAAGAAUAUAUCCUUAACAUGCAAAAGUAAGUCGUCUUAAUGGAGCAUGAAAUAAAGCUUCUCAAGGACAGAGAGGUAGAUCAGAAAAAUAAAGCGUCGGGAUAUGAGACUUUACUUAGAGAUGGAAUACCUCUAAAUGAGCAUUUCUUGGCUCUAAAGAACAAGUAUAACAAUGAAAAAGACGACAUGGAUAAGUAUUGCAAUGCCCUUCAGGAUGAGAUAAAGAGAGAAGAGAUGAACAACAAGAAUAAGAAGCACAAGAUAGAGAUACUGAGAAGAGAGUAUGAGGAGAUCAACACGAGAUUUUAAAUUUACAAAGACCAAACUUAAAAGCAAAUGAGAGAUCUUGAAACUAGGCUUUACAAUGAGAGACACACAAAAGCUAUCCUUGAAGGCGAGAGAGGAAUUGCGACGAAGAAACUAGCUGAUGUAAAAAAUUUGAAUCAGUAAAUGAGCAGAGAGAUCUAGAGAAAUAAGAUGUUUAAUAAAAAAGAUGAGGAUCGUAAAAAUAAAAAAGAGAUUAAUGACAAGAGCCAGUUUAUAAUUAGAGAGCAGAAUAAAAACAUUGAAGAUAAUGAUAUCAAGCUUGACUAGGAGAGACGAAGAAAUGAGGACAAGUAGUUGGUUAAGAAACAGCAAGAAGCUACAAUGGCUCUAAAAUAAGAUAAUAACAAAGUUCACAUUGAUAUUAGUAUCGCAUAAAGUAGACUUAAAGAUCUGGAAGGCUUGAAAGAGAUGACAAUGGCUUAGCUAAAGGAUAUAAUUAGCGAGAAGAGAUAAGUUGACUAGGAGAAUGAGAGUAUUGAUCAUAAAAUUUAAGGUAGAGGAGUUUCUGAAUAAGAAGCUAGAGCUAAGCAAUUCGAAGCUGAAAGAGAGCAAAUGAAAAAAAUAUCUAAUUCUUUGAAAUUCCAAAAAGAGUUAGCCACAAUAUUAAUGGAAAAGUUAAAGGACGAAGAAACUAAAGCCAAAGAUAUGCUCGAUGAAAAGAUAAGAUAAAAUCAAUUGCUUAACUAAAACUUAGAAGAUCAAUCUGAAGCGAGAGCUAUUUCUCAAAGAAACAGAGAGGAAAUUAUAAAGCUCUAGAUAAGACUCUCACAACUGAGAUCUUAAGAGGAAAGAAUGAAAAUUGACUUUGAGAAAUAUAAGAUUGAUAAUGACUAUAACAUCAAGACUAACAAAGAGUUAGAGGACAAGAAUAGGAAACUGGAUGAAGAGAUAAAGAGAACAAUUCAAAGAAUUGACAUUAACGUCUUGCUUAAGAACGUUGACAUUGAGGAUAUGAGAAUAAUUGCUCAAAACAACAAGCAAAUGAGUGCAGUCCUUAACAGCCUUAUUAACAAGUGGGAAGUAAUCUAGACUGUCGAAAUCUCAUCGAUUGACAUUAAGAUGUGA